AUGUCCAGAGCAGCGGCGGCGACUCCGCCUCCUCUUUUCCAUCAGAAGAACUCGACUCCCUCAACUCGCCAUGGCAGCAAGGGUGGCUCGGCGGCGCAGCCGCACUCGUCGGGUUUCCAGCGCUUCAAAAAGCCGAGUAAACCAACGACCACCACGCCGGCGAACCAGUCGCCACUCAAGCAACAAGUCACUCCCAUGUCUGCAAGUGACAUGCUGGGUCUGAGCUCUGAUAAGCGAGAUGCCACUCCGGAUCCGUUGUCGACGUCGCGUACGGGCUCGAUUAUCUGGUCGGAGGACUCGGAUAACCGAUCCACCACGCCUUCGAUGUCGGGCCGCAGUAUGUCGUCUGAGGCUUCUGCCCCGUCUCUGUCUAUCGUCACGCCCGAGACCACGCCGUCCUCUUCGGUUUAUGGAGAGCGUCCGGAUGUUGCAAGUCCGACUGCAAACCCCUCGUUCGCGCAGUUACCCGCCAGUGCUCAAUCGCCGCGCUCGUGGGGCCCGUUCGGCAAGGUCGCUCGUGCUGUGGGCAUGAUCAGCCCCUUCAGCCGUCGCCGUGAUGGUGAGAGUCCGAAGAUACUCCCAUCACCCGCGCAGCCCUCGCCUGCCCAGGCCCCCACGGUUUCCGCGUCUGGCGCUGGUAUGUCGCCGUACAUUGCGCCGUCGCCCUCCAUGGCCCCGUCGUCGACGCUGGUCUCGCCCGCCGCGUUCUCAUACGUGCCUUCACCCGAAGUUUCUGAGAUGAUGGAGACCACGCCUUUGCCUCCUCAUGCGAUGCCGCCUGCUGUGGCGCACCCGCACAACAUGCCUCCCGCUCUGACGCCGGACUCGCCUUCUAUCGAGAACCCGGUGGAGGCCCUUCGCCGCUACGAGUGGGCCGAGGAACAGCGACGAGUCGUGACAGAGUUUGCGCGACUCUGCUCCCAGUGGCCGCAAAGCAGCUACAACUUAUCCAAGUGGGGACCCAAUGGUUGCAACGCGACCUACGUUCCUCAGUCUUGGGCCAAUCCCCGUGGCGUGAUGCGCACGAUGCAACGCCAGGCAGAGAUGGAGCGCAAGCUUUGCGAAGAUGAGUGCACACACUUCGUCGCCACCGGUCCCAGCCGCUCCACCUCCUUGGACGAUAGCUCCGUUCCCAGCCUGAUCUCGUCCACGACGGAUACGACGGCCGGCACCUCGGUGUCUGACAGGAUGACCCCAACUCCCGAUGCCCUGUGCGCGGCUGUUUGGGCGGCUUCCAAAGUGUCUUCCCCUGAGCCCAUGUCGCUGGCUGGCAACCUCAAGAUCGAUGAGGAGAAGCGCGUCGAGGAAAUCCGCGCUGCUAUGGCCUCUCCUAUGCUUGAUGCUUGGCGCGGUGAGAGUUCCAUUGCGUCUCUGAGCUCGACGGCUUCUGUUGCCACGACUUGCGAUGACAAGGACGAGAGCAAGGCGACUUCUCCUUGGGCUUCCAUUGCAGGUUCGGUCAAGUCCCUCUGUGAACUUGACCAGAUGGCCAACCUCGCUACCACGGAUCGCAUGGACAUCGAUGAGGACGCUCUGUCGUCCAUUCCCCACAUCCCCGGCUGUCACCCCAUCCCUGAGACUGAUUUGCCCACUCCUGUUCGCACCCAAUCUUGUCCGGCCAAGCGUCCUCUCACCUUCUUGUUCGAGGACGAGGAGAAGCGCCGAAAAGUGGACGAGCCGAUGGUUCUUGACAGCGACUCGGCUAUCACCACCGUGACCACCGCGUCUGCCUCUAUCUUGAGCCAAUCGACGCCCAACAUGUCGCAACCGUCGAUUCUUUUCGGCCAUGUAGUCAAGACUUCCCACACGCACCCAAUCGUGAUCUCCCCGUUCAUUCCUAACGAGAUCAUGCCCACGCUGGCCAAGUAUCUUGUGACGCCGAAAGCCCCUGCAGCGGGCUUUGAGGAGUCGACACCCCUUCUCCUUGAUUCGGACCUGGAUGUUCCCACGCUUCUCUUGUCUUGCGCUGCCCCAUCGCAGCCCAUCACUGAGGCUGGCCCGGUUGGCAACCCCGUGGAGCCCCGAACCCGCGCGAUUGUCUUCAACGCCAAUCGACCUCGGUCGGGCUCGCGUCACGGAUCGCCGCUGGGUAACCUGAUGCUGAGCUCGUGCCCCGGCAAGCGCCUGAGGAUGGAUGGCCCUGUCAAGGGACGUGGUCCUGUCUGCCGUGAUCUUGCUACUGAUCUGCGCCGUAUCAAAAGCCAGGGAGUCGGGGCGAUCGUUUGCUGCCUUGAUGAUGAAGAGCUUGCACUUCUUGGCGUUCCUUGGUCCAAGUAUCGUGAUCUGGCGUCAGAGAUCGGCCUGGACAUUGUUCGCCUCCCUAUGCCUGACGGCUUUACUCCUGUCUCUCUGCAGUUGUUUGACGCCCAAGUCUCCCUCAUCAUCGAGCGCUACACAUUGAAGGGCAUCCACACCCUCGUUCACUGUCGCGGCGGCAUCGGUCGUGCCGGUCUCACAGCUUGUGCUUGGGCUAUCAAGAUGGGCUUCGUCCAACCCCAUCCCUCCCUUGUCGCCGCUGCUGCCGACAAGGAGAAGGAAACAGCUUCGGCUAAGCGCAAGGGCAAGCAUUCUCGUCAGCCUCCUACGCCCGUGCCUACGAACGAGGAGGACCGUGCCAUUGUCAUGUCCAUCGUUGAACGAGCGAUCGCCAUGAUCCGUUCGCGUCGCGGCUUGAAGGCCAUCGAAACCAUGGAGCAAGUCCAGUUCCUGGCGACCUAUGUCACUUGGAUCCGUGAGAACAUUGCGCUGUCCUCGCCUUUGCUGUAA